AUGAUAAUGUGUUGUAAUUCAAAAAGAAUAAAAACGGGUGAAUCUCCUAACAGAUCAAAAUCAAAACCAAAACAACGAAACAGUGAAAUAUGUCCAAAGUUUACGAAAGAACGAUGGAUAGAAAUUAUGAAAAGAUCUUUUGAAGAUUAAGGCUAUUCAGAAUUAAGUUAUAAUUUAAGACAUAAUUUUCCUCUUGAUCUAAGAUGUUAAGUUUGGUUUUGGCUUACAGAAAAAGCUAGAAUCAAAAAUUUAUUAUACCAGAAACUAUAAUUUGAGUCACCAUCAGAACAAUAAAUAUAUAAAGAUCUUCACAGAAGUUUUCGAUCAAAAGGUAAUAAAAAAAGUUUAUCUGGUUCAUCUGAUUCUAGCUAAAUAAAUAAAAAUUAGGAAUCAGAAAAAGUUGAUUAGCAAAAAUUAGAUAAAUUGAAAAGGAUUCUUAUUGCAUAUUCAAACUUAGAUAAAGAAGUUAAAUAUGUUUAGGGAAUGAAUUUUAUAGCAUCUUCAAUACUUGAGUAAUUAGAAUAAGAAGAAUUAUGCUUUGUAGUUUUAAAUCACAUUUUAAAUAUCUAAAAUUAUAGAAAAGGUACAACAUUAUCUUAUUAUUAUUUAGUAUUUUUAAUGGAUAUGUCUAUAAUUGAAAUUAUUGAUAAGCGAAUUUAGUUUGAAGUUCCUCUAAUUUAUAAUAAAAUGUAAGAAUUAAAAGUCAAAUCACAAUAUUGUUUUGACACAUAUAUAUUUUCAUUGUUUUAACUUGUCAGGAGGGAAUUAGCACUUAGAAUUAUAGAUAUAUUCCUUUAUGAAAAAGAAUGUAAAAUAAAUUAAAUACAAAAAAGCCAUUUUGUAGACUGUUAUCAUUUAAUUACUUAAAAUGCAAUAAGUUGAAAUUCUGAAGUGCAAAGAGCAAGAUGAAAUGAUCAUUUAUAUAAGAAAUGAUCUUAUAGAAGAGGCCCUGGACAAAUUAGAUGAUGGAAAAGAUUAUUUAUCUUAAUUGCUUUCAAUCCAUUUGUGA